AUGAACCCUUCUCAAAAAGUGGUGAACUUAAGAGAUUCAUCAUGGGUUUGGACAAAAUCAAGAAAACUUCAUGUGGAUUCUGAUUUGUGGAAUAUUACACACGUAGUGAUGCUUGAACAAUGCAUGAGCUUUAUAAAUGGGAUACGCUUGGAUGAUCGGAUUAUCAGAACAGAUUGGGAUGCUGGCUUCAGAGAAGGCAGGCAGUUUGGGCAAGGGAAAUCUGGUGGUCAGGUACGUGAUGAGUGUAGGACAGAUUAUGACGCUGGCAGAGGCAGCUUUGGAAAACUGGUCCAGCUGCAGACAGUCCCAGAACCAGGACAGAAAUCCUAG